CACGUGAUCCUGCGUAAUCCUACCCGUGAUCAAUCUCUCAACCCAUCUCUGGGUGAGGUGUACAUAUUUAUGUUUUAAGAUCUAUGUGCGAUAACCGCUUGUAAAAAUUAUUUAGCAAAAGAAUGUUUUGAAUAAGGCUUUACCCAAACAGAAGUACAAAGUUAGAAAAUAACCAUGGCAAAGUGGUUGGUAAUUGGUAUUUCUGGAGCCACGUGCAGUGGCAAAACAUCGCUGGCGAAAGAACUCGCUUCAAAAUUUAAGAAUUCACUCUGUAUACAUCAAGAUGAUUAUUUUUUGGCACAGGAUGAUCCCAGGCACAUUGAGGUUCCAGAGUUAAAGCAUUAUAACUGGGAAAUUGUAACAAGUUUGGAUAUGGAAAAGAUGCAUUCCGAUAUAUUGAAAAUUACUAAGUCUUCAUCACUGGAAGAUACGGAGCAGACGCCUAAAAUUAGAAUCUUGAUCAUAGACGGAUUUAUAAUUUUUAAUUAUAAACCGAUCUGCGACUUAUGCGAUUUAAGGUACUUUUUGACAUUGACCAAGGAUCAAUGUUGGGGGCGAAGGAAACAUCGAAAGUACGAUCCACCAGAUGUUCCUGAUUACUUUGAAAGGGUUGUAUGGCCAGAAUAUAUUAAGCACAAAGCUGAAAUUCUAGGAAAUAAGGAUUUAUGUGAUUCUAUAACUUUUCUCGAUGGAACCGAAAAUCAGAAAAUCGUGUUUGACAGAGUUUUCAGCGAAAUCGUUAAAACUGGAGAAAAAUAUAUAAGUUACAACUAACAUAUGUUCCAUGAUGUAUUAGGAAAAGAGGGUGAAGCAGAACUAAUUUUUCUUUACAUAAUAAAGGUGUUUACUUCA